UAUAAGUACUUACCUGUAAUGACUAAGCUAAAUUGCAAUGCACUUUAGCACCUUGAUUUGAUUGCAUGUCAGGUCUAGAUUAUUUAGAUUAUUUAUGGAUCAACAUCUUCAUUGUAAUUGUUGGGCACAAAUAACAGGACCUUACUAUAGUGAUGUGAUUGUUUAGCAUAUGAGCUACAUAUCACCAAGCUUAAAAUAUGACUGAUUGGAAAUCUUUUUACUGGGCAUCAUUUCUUGCUGGGGGAGGGGCAGGGCUUGCUGUGGAUAUUUCCCUGUUCCCAUUAGACACUAUUAAGACUAGACUACAAAGUGCACAGGGCUUCUAUAAUGCUGGGGGCUUCAGGGGAAUAUACUCUGGUUUACCAUCUGCAGCCAUCGGAUCUGUACCAACUGCUGCAGCAUUCUUCCUAACAUACGAGAGCAUGAAACAUCUUCUGAGUCCCAUGUUGUCAGGUCAUGCAGCAGUCUCUCUGUCACACAGUCUAGCAGCUUCAUGCGGAGAAGUGAUGGCAUGUGUGAUCCGUGUACCAGUUGAGGUUGUAAAGCAGAGAGCUCAAGCCAAUCCUAGAUACUCAUCAUUACAUUUUCUCAGGUUAACUUUACGUUCAGAGGGCUUUAGAGGGUUAUAUAGAGGCUACUUAAGCACUGUGAUGCGUGAGGUUCCAUUUUCCUUUAUUGAGAUGCCAAUAUGGGAGUACCUCAAAAAAUACUGGUCUGUAAGGCAGGGUUCACCUGUAGAAGCAUGGCAGUCAUCUAUAUGUGGGGCAAUAGCAGGGGGGCUAGCAGCUGGUAUAACAACACCAUUAGAUGUAGCAAAGACUCGGAUCAUGUUAGCACAUAAAACAUCUGCAAUAGCUCAAGGCCACAUCUUAUUUGCAAUGCAAACAAUUUACAAAGAAAAUGGAAUUAGAGGGUUGUUUGCUGGAAUAAUACCUAGGAUGAUGUGGAUAUCUAUAGGUGGCGCCAUAUUCUUGGGGGUAUAUGACAAAAUCAAGUGCAUUAUGACUUUACCUGAGCUCGAACAAAGCAGUGAAAUUGUAGCAAUGCGAUGAGUUUUAUCGGAUGAAUAUACUGCAGUAUGAAAUGGGGCAAAAUAUAAUGGUGAUAUUCACUAAAGGUUAGAUGGUUAACUGAAACCAUGGAGCUCCGACCGUCAUUAGGUUUGUUUGGUUCUGAAAAAUCCCUCGGUUUUUUUUUUAGCAGAAUAUUAAUUGAGGGAAAAUUACCAUUCAUAAAUGCACACUCACUAAAAUACAUGUAACAUUAAAAAUCGAUAUGGGCGAUGCAAAUAAAGUGCAAAAUACAGUGAUCAAACAGGCUAAUUUUGUUCUUUUUUUAUCAAAGCAGAAUAUAAUUGUGCGAUAAGAACCGAGAAUAACCAAACUGACAACCGAACCAAGGGAGUCUAAAACCGAACCAAACCGAACAUUUUGAAACUGUCUGACCCCUAAUAUUCACUGGGCAAAAUGGUUAGAAGAC